UUUCUAAAAUGAAGAUUGAAACAGAAGAACAAUUAUUGGCAGCUUUAGGUGAGAACGAUGGAACGAGUAAAUCUUCAUCUGGCCUGCUAGCUUCAUUAGGUUUACAUACACGCAAUUCUAUUAUUGGAAAUAGAGGAAAGGUAGAUGAAAUUAGGAGAUGCUGUUGGGAAGGAACUUACCUCGGCACUACUGGAGGUUUUGUUCUCGCAACAAAAGAAUUAUUAUCCUACGAGGGCGCCACUAAAUUGCCUGCUAAAAAAAUUUUUGCAAUUGGAGCCGGUUAUUCAAUUGUCGGUCUUCUAUUUGGUGUAACAACAGGAUUUUUUAUUGGAAUUUUUUCACAUGUUCUCUUCCCUCGUUAUACAGCCCCCCUUAGAGCAUUGACAAGUGCUGGAUUUGAUAAAGAAAAAAUUUCAGAAGUUUGGAAACAAAGGGAGGAACAAUACAAAGAAGAAGCGGAAGCAUUAUUGGGUAAAAAUAAAAUAGAAAUUAUUGGGGAUGAUUAUUAA